CUUUAUGAGUACCAUAGCUGCUUCAUUGACUCAUUUUGAAUUUACAACUUCAAGUUAUGGGAUGUCAAAGGCCGCUUUGAACUUUGCUGCUUUACAAUUGAAUGUAGAGUUGAAGGAUAAAGGAUUCACAAUUAUUGCUUUACACCCUGGAGCUGUUUCAACUAAAGGUGUUUUGGAUGCAGCUGAAAAAUUAGGCUAUAGGGAAUAUUUCUUAGCAAAUAGUAUAACUACUGAAGUAAGUACUACUGGAAUUGUUAAACUUGUUGAAGGUUUGAAACAUGAAGAUUCUGGUAAAUUUAUUGAUUACAAGGGCGACCUCUUACCUUUGUAAGCUACAAGUUUUUUAAGGUUAUUUGUAUACUAUUCUCUGAA